AACUAUAAAUACCCGGCGACGCAUCCCAACUUCUUUAGAAGAGCGCGCACUGCAAGAAGAAAGUUCCAGAAGACAUCCACAGUAGAGGGGAAAAAAAUCUGUGAACUUGUUCUGGCAAGUCAGGGAGUCAAGAUGAAUACGUUUUUCGUCGUAGCUGUCGUCUUGUCGAUCGGCAUCGUUGUUUCAGGCGCAGAGAACCUCCCCGUGAAGAAGCCCCGGUCCCUAAGGUCUAGGGAACUUCCACCCCUGGCCAGCGAUAUGGAACUCGAGACCGCCAUGAAAGAAACGAAUGGCAUUUCCAAGAGAUCUGUUGGGGGCUGUGUGGACAGGUUACCCCGCAAGUGCGACUGUUUGUACUACAAGGAGAAUGGCUUCUGUACACACCCCAGCAUUCGGUUCCGCCACUUCAUGGCAGUCUGGUGCAAAGCUUCAUGUGGACUGUGCAGUCCCGCUCCUGCGUGUGGAAACACGUACCCGGACAGUUUCUGCCAAUCUUACCCGAACCGUAAUCCCGCCGCAUGCUCUCUCCACUGGAUGAGGUGUGGAUGUUCCGAGACCUGUGGAGUCUGCCACCAAGACCAACCGGUGGAGCCGACCACCCCAACACCAGCCCCCACCACCCCACCACCGGCCACCACCACCCACCACCGGGCCACCACCCCCGACAGAGCCGCCGCCUUUCGAACAGAGUGUCUGAGGGCCCACAACCGACACCGGGCCAAACACAAUGCCCCUGUCCUCACCUGGGACGAGAGAUGCGCCCGGUUUGCUCUGCAACACGCCACUAGGCUGAAGAACCGCGGAGACGGCCGGGUUCCCCACACCAGCCGCCGGGCUCGCUACUGGAACGGCUGCCCCCAUGGUGAGAAUAUCGCGUACAUGACCGGCGCCACCUGCACGAUGGGCACUGACUACUGGUACGAGGAGAGGCCUAAUUACAACCCAAACAACCCCGUGGGCAACUUUUAUCGGGGGGACGUCGGCCAUUUUACACAGGUGGUCUGGAAGUCUACCGAGAAGGUUGGGUGCGGCAUUGACAGUGGCUUUAUGGUCUGUAUCUACGAGCCAAGUGGGAACGUCCUCACCCGCUCAGCCUAUCGCGCCAACGUCGACUGUAGAAGUCACUUCAACACUCCAGUCCACCUGGCCGACAGCAUGGGUCUCGCAGCAGCUGGUUUCCUGGUCACCGCCGUGUGUCUUGUGUGUGUGCAGCCAAGUCUGCAAACCAACACGAAAACCCUACUGGUCUCCAUGGAUGGUUUUCGUUGGGACUAUUUGAAGCGAGCGUCAACCCCCAACAUUGACCGGAUGGCUCGGGAAGGCGUCCAGGCGCCCUACAUCUACAGCACGUUCGUCACCAAGUCGUUCCCGAACCACUUCAGCAUAGUCACAGGCUUAUACCAAGAAAGUCAUGGCAUUGUGGGUAACGGAAUGUACGACCCGGAGCUAGACGCCCAUUUUUGGAAGGGUGUUCACACGGCUGAAUGGUGGGAUGUUGGAGCCGAGCCAAUCUGGCAGACGGCGCGAAUGCAGGGCCGCAAAACAGCCUCUUACUUCUGGCCCGGGAGCGAGGCGCCUAUCAAGGGCAUGCACGCCGAUAUCUGGUUACCUUACAACGAGAGCCACUCGGCUCAGACUCGCAUCGACAGGGUGAUCGGGUGGUUUGUGGAGGAAGAUGUCGACAUCGUGACCUUAUACCUGGAGGAGCCCGAUGCCAUAGGUCACGCGUACGGGGCGGACGGACCAGAAGUCAUCCAAAAGUCUGAGGAGAUGGACGGCAUUCUGGGAUACCUGUUCCGGAAGGUUAGCGAGGCUGGGCUGGAGGACAGUCUGAACAUCCUCCUGGUGAGCGACCACGGCAUGGCCACCAUCAGCACCGACCGCGUCAUCUCUCUCUACGACUACGUCAACAAGACUUGGAUAGACAAGAUCCCCGACUUCGCCCCCUUGGCAAGCAUUCUGCCGGUCAGCGGCCAUGAGGACGACGUGGUGAACGCCCUACAGGACGCUCACCCCAACAUGACGGUGUACAGGAAGGAGGACCUCCCCGCGCGCCUGCACUACUCCAACCACAGGCGCAUCAUGCCGCUACUGGCCGUCACGGACGAGGGGUGGCUUAUCGUCCCUAAUAAGAGCGAGCUCACCCCGGACCAGCUGGCCUUCAAGGGCAUGCACGGCUGGGACCCGGAGAUGCCGUCCAUGCGCACCGUCUUCCUGGCCCGAGGCCCGAGUUUCCGCCGUGGUCACCGCGUGGCCCCCUUUCACAACAUCGACAUCUACAACCUGCUGUGCCACCUGGUCGACGUCACCCCCGCACCGAACAACGGGUCCUGGGAACGAGUUCGGGAUCUCCUGGUGGAGGCCCAGACGGAGCCAUCCGAUCCUGGCGCGUCUGUUGCCAUGGUGAUGACUCCAAACUGCCCUCUCCUCUUUGGCAUCUUUGUCCUUUUGGCUUCCAUUAAGAUGAACCUUGCGUUUGGUACCUCUUCAAGCGGGACACGAGAAAACGUCGUUUGCGCAAAGGUCGGUCAAAAUCCUAUGUUGCUGGCCUCGGUCGUAGGGGAAAACAUCCUACCCAAAGCCGCGCGUAGGUGGACCAGAAUCACCCAACCUGCCGGACUCCAUGCCUCUGUGAGAAGCUUGACGCCAUGUCCCCGUGACAAGAGAUACAGUAGAAACAUGGAGACCCAGGAUGCUUUGAAUGCUGUCUAUGCCAAGUGGGAGAAGAAAGGUCAGGGGUCAAGGCAAUGUCAGAAGUCAGAACCAAGGUCACAGACUGAAGAUGAAGAAAAGAACAGAGCCCCCAGCCUGGUUACUGAGCCCAGUCUACCAGUGAGACCAGUGCUGAAGGAUGGGUACGCUGACAAUGUCAGGCCCAGAACACGGGCCCCGAGGAGACUGCAGAGCCGGGCUAGAAGAGACAAACUACCAUCAUCAGGUCCGAAGCUGCACUUCUUCAAGGUGGAGCCCAUGAUGAUGGACAGCACCAGUCUGAGCAGCAGACCUUUCACUGGGCGGGCCUGCAGCAAGUGUGUGCCAGUCAGCAGGAACACAUUCUUUAAUGAGAACACAGCAACAAUGGGUGUAAGGAACAUGCUGGACAUACUGGCUGAACACAGACCCCCAGGUAUGCUGGGUCGCCUGUUCUACACAGCUUGGUUCUCAGUGACCAGACGAGUCGACCACUACUACCCCAGUAAUAAGGUCAUGCACGACGCAGUCCUGUGCGGCACAAGAGUGAGAGAAGCCAUGCGCAAGACUGUUAUACGAGACUAUGAAGAUUAUGAGGACAACUCAGCACAGUUUCAACUGGAGUUGCAGCAGCAGGAGAAACUGGCCUCGGCCAUCUUCAACAAAAUGGCCUCCAACAUCUGGACACCCUUUAUCACGUUCACUGGCUGGUUCCUACACAAGGCCCUGGGGCACCUACUGUCAUCCAUUCAGGUGCAUCGUGGGCAGAUCGACAUGGUCAAACAGGCAGCAGAGACGGGGGUGCCCCUGGUGUUCCUGCCCACACAUCGGUCCCACCUGGACUACAUCCUCCUCACCUUCCUCCUGUGGAACCACGAGAUUCAGGCACCCCAUGUGGCUGCAGGGGACAACCUCAGGAUUCCAUUCUUCUCCUCACUGAUGUGUCACCUGGGGGGCUUUUUCAUCAGAAGGAAACUGGAUGACGUCUAUGGAAAGAAAGACUAUGUCUAUAGAGCUGUAUUACACACGUAUAUGGAGGAGCUGCUGAGACAAGGACAGUCCUUGGAGUUCUUCAUAGAGGGAGGGAGAACAAGAACAGGAAAAGCUGUGGUUCCCAAGGGAGGUCUGCUGUCUGUUGUGGUUGAUGCUUACAUGGCAGGAGCCAUCUCAGAUGUCUAUCUGGUUCCUGUCAGUUUCAGCUAUGAGAAAACUCUGGAGGGCAACUUCAGGUCUGAGGAGAUGGGAAUUCCCAAGAAGAAGGAGACCUUCCUACAAGCAGUGAAGGGGGUGUGGUCAGCCUUCAGGUCCAGUUUUGGUCAAGUCCGGGCAGACUUCGCUCAGCCCAUAUCACUACAGGAGUAUCUUGACUCAGCCGAGUCUCCUGGUGGAGCAGUGUUCUCUCGUCUAGCAGGUAGCCACAGUCCGUCAGAAAUGCGGCGUAUCCGCAGUGACCACUCCAUAUAUGGGACUGACAUAGUGAAGGAGGAGCAGAGACUACUGGUCAAGGGACUAGCAGAGCACGUUCUGUACAAUGCAGUCCAGACCACAGCAAUAAUGAGCACCCAGCUGGUGGCCUUCAUGUUCCUGGCCGUGCACAGACAGGGAGCAACUUGGGCGGAACUCGAGAAAUCGUUUGAGCACAUCCGAGGUGAGAUUCUCCUCCGCGGUCGCGAUGUGGGGUUCACGGGUAACGCGUCGGCUGUCCUCAGACAUGCCAUGGAGUUGCUAGGCAACCAGCUCUUCACCUGGGAGACACCCGGCAACGGCAGGAAGAACCAGAACAACAACCACGUGAAGGUGGAGGAAGAGGAGAGGAUACUGGUGCCGAAUCUGGGGCUACCUUCAGUCUUUGAUCUGACAUAUUAUGGAUCCAAUGUCAUGUCUGUCUUCCUCAUGGAGUCUGUUUUAGCCACUGCCAUCAGUGCAGUAACCGAGGGCCAGGCUAACACAGUCCACCUACAGGAGGGGCAGCACAUGUUAGUGUCCAGACAGGCUCUCCUGCAGAGGGCUAAGGAACUCAGCCAGCUGCUACAGAUGGAGUUCAUCUUUGCACCAAGCUGCAGUAGUCUGGAGGACGUGGUCAGAGACGGGCUGGACUCCCUGCUUCACUCGGACCUGCUGCUGACCGAUGAACAGGACAGCGCGUCCAGCCAGAGAGAGAAGCAGUGGGCUGACCAGCUGGCCUUCGCCACUUCCUGGGAGGACCAGGCUGAAGACAACGUAGAGGGGUCACCCGUGGUGCAGGACCUGUCAUAUAGGCUGAACACGGCAGCUGCACACAUCCAGAAGCUGGGUUUCCUGCAGAGCAUCCUGGCAGGCAUGGUGGAGGCUUACUGGGUGUCAGCGUCCCACCUGGAGGUGCUACAAGGCGGGGACAUGACGGAGGAGAAGUACCUGCAGUCACUACAGAAGUUUGCCAUCAGGAGAGUAGAAGACGGGGUCGCAAUACGCAGUGAAAGCUGUUCAUCUGAAACCCUGAAGAACUCCCUGAAGAUGCUGAGUCACCGCAAGGUCAUCUCCCACUUCUUCGACGGCGACGGCACGAGGAAGAUAGAACUGUACGGCGGCUACCGUGACAACCAAGAACUGAGCAGCUUCAUCGAUAACGUGGGGAUGUUCAAGACCUGGUAGUUAGGGUGUUUACUGUCCCUCCAUACGAGUGGUAAAGACUUGGAAGGAAACACUGCAGUUUAAGCAAUUAUCUUGCCAUGUGUCCCUUCAGUAGUAAUGAU